UUUUCAGGGGUGUGCACCAUCGUCCAUUAUCUUCUCUCUGGCCGGUAUCUCUGGUGCUGGUUGACCAUUGCCAUACUUCUACCUAACUAUGUAGCGCAGUUCCUCAGCGUCCUGUGGUUCCGGGCAGAUGGGCAUAAAAACUGCUGUUUGCUGGUGAUGGUGCAUAUGCUGCAGCUGGGGAUUUGGAAGCGGCACUGGGACACUCUGUGGACAGCUGCAAAAGCUAGAGGAAGCUCCAUUGCUGGAGAUCUCCUCAUGCAGCAGGGUGACCUGUCAGUUCUGCGGCUCCUGGAAGCCCUGCUGCAGACUUUGCCCCACCUGUUGCUCCAGAGCUACGUUUUUGUAGCAGUGGAACCGACUGGCCUUGUCCCAGGCGUGAGUGCUGGACUGUCCUUACUCUCCCUUGCCUGGUCUUUGGUCUCCUAUAGCCGCUUUACAGGCCUGAUGAAACCCGGUCAUCUCUACAUGCCAGCGGCUGCCCUCCUGUGCCAGUUGCUGUGGAGGACAGGAAUGCUGGGAACGAGGGUCAUGGCCCUGGUGCUGUUUGCCAGAGUCUACCCUGUCUGGGUGUUUGUGGCAGCAGGUGCGCACUGGCUAGUGAUGUCCUUCUGGCUGGUGUCUCAGCAAACCGACAUCAUUGCAAGCUCCUGCCACUGGAGGCUGUUCAACUGCCUAGUGGGAGCUGUGUACGUCUUCUGCUACAUUAACUUCCAGGCUGGCCCCUCCAAGUACAGAGUGGCUGUGUUUUAUGUGAUAAUGCUAAUAGAGAACAUCUUCCUUUUGGUGUUGGCCACAGACCUCCUGCAGGGGGUGCUGUGGGACAGCCUGUUUCUGGCAGGGGCUGUGAUGUCUGGAUUCCUGAUUGGCUCUGCAGCUCUGGUCAUCUAUUAUAGCCUGCUGCACCCCAAAUCCACAGAGAUCUGGCAGAGUUUCCUGAAGAAGUCUUGCAGCAUCGCGGCUGCAAAGGACAACGGGACAGAAGGAUCCACUUUCCGGCCUGUAAGCAAAGCUGGGGGGAGCUUUGGAGUUUCCAGGCAUGGGGACGUAGCAUCUCUGAAGGCAGACGUCUCCGAGGUGGUGCAUGCUGGGCCUGCUUCUGGAGCACCCAGUGAGACCUCACUCGGAGAGCACAACGGUCUUACUGCUGUGACGGAUACCUGGGCGAACCAUCAUCACUGGCUAUUGGUAAGGCUAGCCUUGAAAACUGGGGAUGUGUCCAAGAUCAACGCGGCCUUUGGAGACGGCGGCCUUGGGGAGCUGUAUCCUGCAGGCUGGGUGGAAAGCCAACACUGCAGUGCCAUGCUUGGGCCGAGGACCAAACCUGGGUUUUCUUCCACGGGGAAAUGCCCUGAAACGUCGGCAGCCAGAGCAGCGGGACAGAGGCUUCAGGCAGAAGAGUCCGGCAGUGGACAAAGCCUGAGCAGGAAGGAGACUACUUACGUCACACUCACAAGCAGCAGCCGCAAUGUGGUCUCAGUAAGCACACCGCCCACUGGGCCAGAGGAGCACAGGCCAACAGCAAAAGCCUCCCACCGCACCGGCUUGACGAGCAAGUGUGAAGCAGAGGCGGACAAAGCGGGGGGCGUGUUGGCUCCUCUUGCUCGAAAGAGCAGUGCCAAUGGCAGCUCUGACUUGGAAACUAUCAUGGAGCCCCCAGAAGGGACUGCUCAGAGGCAGGGGAGCGCCACUCUAUAUUUCAGUGCCAAUGCAGAGAGCGCGGCCUCUCGGAAUGGAGGCGGGGGAGCCGCCAGCUGGGUGACUGACGGCCUUGUGGAGGACAGCAGCCUGGGGCCUUCACCAGACGACAUUGUGAGUAAAGGAGGGGGCUUCUCCCUCGCCGUGGCCAAUAUCAGUCCAAUCCUGGGCAUGGGCGCUCAUGGCUGUCUGCAGAGCGGUCCGUCCCUCUGCUGCACCCCUCAGUGCAGUGCGCUGAGUUUAUCGGAGGAGACCUCGGCGCUCGCUGAGCAGUCGGGAGCCCGGAGGACGCGGGGCCGCCAUUGGAACACCGCAUCCAUUGGGACUUGGGUGGCUGCGGUGAAGAGGCGACUGAGACCAGCUGAGGAGCCUUGCUACACGUCCACCCCCAAGGCUGAUCCCUCCAGGCAGGACUGCUGGCUGAGGGAGGCAAAGGAGAGAACGAAACCGGCAGGGUUGAUGGAGCAAUUGUAACGGAGUGAGCGCACAGCUGGGGCCGGGAACUUGGUGUCCAAUCCAGUUCUCUGAUGUACUCUUAUGCCUCCACAGCAGCGUACAGCUCCGGUUCUUAUCUGUCUGGAGCUCUGACCUUUUCCUCCUGCUGGGAGUGUGCGGCUAGACCCCUCCUUCCUGCAGCACAUACUGUGUCAGGCAGAGGAGCUCUCCAGUUGUGUGUUGUCUCUUAGCACUCCUGCUAGAGUUCAGCUGCCUGUGAACUGGCCGUGCUCUUCUCCGGUCUACCGCCACGACGGCGGGCAUUGCACUGAACAUUGCAAGCCGCAGAGCCUGCUUUCAGUAUCAAUGACUGGCUUAAGAGAGGUUGUACCACCAGUACUUGGUUAGGUUUGGGGGUCGGUGCGUGGGUGGGUGGCUGCCUGGUGGGUAUUAGAGAUGUAAAACUUCUAAAAAUAUUAACCGUGUAACCGAUGACAAUUUAAAUCGGUUACACAGUUAAACAAGCAGCCCCACAGGCUGCUGGCCCGGCAGGAUCCUGGCCGCACCAGCCCCCACCGACCUCAUACUCCCGCGGGCCUCCAGCAUUGCCAGCUUUCAUCCCUCUGAGCCUCCAGCACAGCUGGCACCUGCAGCCUGCUGGCAGCCCACGGGAGUUUAACCAUUAACUAAGGAUGUUAAAUAGCGACUAAUUGACUAAUCGAAUAGUCGAUGUAUUUUUGCAUUGAUUAGUCGAUAGGGUGAUUCUGCCUGGCGAGGGCGAAAGGCGAAAGCGCUGCCUGGGGCUGGGAAUCAGCUGGGGACUCCAGUUGAUCCUGGACUCCCUGUGGCGCUGCCACAUUGAAAUGCCGUGGGUGGCCUGACACCGAACUUUCCAUGGUGUUUCAAAGCCGCAGUGCCACGUGGAGCCCAGGAUCAGCGGGAGAGUCCCCCGCUGGCCCUGGGCUGCAUACGGCAUUUAAAAGCGGCAGCACUGCAUGGAGCCCAGGAUCUGGCUUCAGGCAGUGCUGCCUCCUUGAAGUCUUCGCCCCCCCCAACCUCCUCCUCCCCCUUUUGCUGCCUCUUUCUGAUAGAGGCAACAAGCGUGGGGGAAGCAACUAGUCCUGCACAUCCCUACCACUAACCAGAACAGAUAGGCAUCAGCUUGUUGCUUAAUUGGUGAACCGGUUAAACUUUCUCAUCCCUAGCAGGGAUGCUGCGUUAUGACAGGCAUUCCCUGGAGUGGGCAAGGGACUGUCCAUCUCAGGUGACUGUCAACGGGCUACAAAAUCUCCCACUUCUCUGGCACAAGAGCAUUUCCAGCCCAUGAUUCUCAGCCACUCCUACAGCUUAAAAGUGCAGCAAAGCAAAAAUGCAAACCUCUUUCUAAUGCAUUAACUACUUGGGAAAGGAGGGGUGAGGUGAAGGAAAACUGGCAGAGCACGCUCAGAACGCCAGCGGUGUGAUAACUGCCAGAGACCCUGGUUCUGGGUCUAGCACUGGAGUAGUGCUGCAGACAUAGGAAGGUGAACGGUUCUCUCCUCUAGGAGGGCCUAGCUCUGUUGUCUGCAGCACAGGGAAGAUGCUGAGCUUUUUAGAGUAACCUUACUAAGCAACUAACGCAAUGGUGCCUCUUACAUAUUUGUGAUAUCUUGAAACUUGGCCAUUGGUGGCUCUUGCAGAGAGGUAUUUCCCCGGCUGCUUGCUUCUCCCCAGCUUAGGGGAACAGCUGCUAUUUUGGUGGCCAAGUGGCUUGUGUAUUUGAACCUCUGCCCAAAGCAGGAGUCUCUCUUCCAGGACAAACAUGAGUUCAAAGCAAAACACAAGUAUCUUCCCUUCUAUGGAGGGUCUGACCAAUCCCUGCUGCAGGAUUCAGGCCGUUCACCCCCACUUCCAGGUGGCACCAUGAAGGAGCUCAGCUGCUCUUUCUACUGGGGCCCCUAGGGUAUGUCUACACUGCAGCUGGGUUAGACUCCCAAUCUGGGUAGGCAGACUUAUCCUAGUUUGGCUGGAGCAAGGGCACUAGAAAAAGCAGUGUGGAUGUUGUGGUGCUGGUGGAGACUGUGGGCUUGUCUUCACUAAGGGCUGGAUCAACGGGCAAUGAUCCAUCCAGCAGGGGUUGAUUUUUCGCAUCUAGUAUCGAUAACAAUGUUAACGGUUACCCGAUAAGUAUCCCCUUUAGCAGGUGAUGUUCACUGGUAACCAGUUAAGGAGGCCUGGAAGGGCUGGAGCAGCCCCUACCUGAUACGGACAGGGUCUGUUCCAGCCCAGCUGGUCCCACUGCUCUACCCGGUGGGCAGGGUUGCUCCAACCAAGUCCACCAUGUACGGUGCAGAUGGCCCGGCUGGAGCAGCCUCCCACAGCGCAGUGUGGCAGGCCUGGCUGAGCUGGAGUGGCCCCCUGCCCGUGGGUUCCCAGUUAAAUGGAGUGUUUAACCGGUUUAAAUGGAACGUUAACUUUUUAAGCAGAAUUUUACAUCCCUAGUGUAGACACAACAGAGGGAUAAUCGCCGGGCGCUGUCCUGUCCACUCUGGCACGCUACCAAAACAAGCAUGAGCGGACUCGAUGGAAAUUCAGCAGUUCUUACAAGGCCGUUUCAUGCCAGAAAAGGAAAUGCCAAAGCGACCAUGUUUGAACAGCUCAGC